AUGGAUACCAUACCACAAUAUUAUCAACCUGAUAACAUGUCUAUGAGCAAAGAACCGUCACAGCUUUCGUCAAAUUUCGUACAACCAGAGUUAUCGCAAUUACAUACCUAUACACCUAUGACCGACACCGGUUACCCUUCGGAUCAAUUUGGAAUGCAAGACUCCGUUCCAGUUUCUGAACCUCCACCUUAUGAUGAAUUCACUGGUUAUAAUUGGGUACCAGCGGAAAUGGCUACUUUUUUUCCUCCUGCAACUGAUGAUUUUGGUCAAAAUCCUCUUUUAAAUUCCUACGAUGAGGAAUUUAUAUUUAAAGGUUUCCUCGAUAAUAUUCAAGAAAAUCCAAAUUUUAUUUUUAAUCCAAUACUACCAGGAGACAUGCCCGCGUAUCCUCCGCCUGAUAAUGGUAUAAAUAAUUCCAUUCAUCCUAUGGGUACACCAUCUGUCAUCAACAACGUGUAUAACCCUUCGCAAAGUCAUCCUUCUGACAUUUUGGCUCGUCAUCAAUUUCCUCCUUCAAAUUCAACAAGUUUAUCCCCUCGCACAUCAAAUAUCACUCUUUCUCCCUCUCCAAAACAUUCUCCUAAUGAAAUUAGGCAAUCUUCAUCACAGUUAACAUCUCCAAUUGAUGACAAAGAUAAAUCGGCGACUCCAUCUGUACCUGCAAAACGUAAACAAGAUGGUGAAGACAGGACUAGGCGCCGGCCGUCCAACCCUCGUCUAAGUCCCAUAAAUACUAAACUCAUUAUGACUCAAUCUCAUAGUUCUACUUCAAGUCCUAGGCCGAUUUCCCCAUCUAUGCAAUUUCCUGGAAAUACUCCAAGCAGUAGUAAUAAUUGCUCUCCAUCACCACGAACCCCAAAUAGAGAAUUAACAAAGAGUGAAGAAGAAAAUGCUUCUUUGAGUAAUCUUGCUGAGACUGAAUCAAAUGAUAAUGAUAACAAUAUCGAUGAUUAUGUGGAAAUAAAAUCUGAAUCAAAACCCACUCCUCAAAAAUCAAGUAGAAAACCUUAUAAAGAACUCCUUACUGAGGAGGAAAAACGAGCGAAUCAUAUCGCUUCAGAACAAAAACGAAGAAACACAAUUCGUGCAGGUUUUAAAGAAUUAACAGACAUUAUACCUACCUUAAAGAAUGUGAAUAAUUCAAAGA